CGAUCAUGUAUAUCUGCACAUCCUACAGUACAUACUGCGGUACAUAGGUAGGUACCAAGCUAAAGCGCUGCGGGGUUCUAGCGGGCACUCGUCAGUAUCUCCGUACCAGCACGAAUUCCAUGGGCACCUUCAACAGUUUUGGCCCCGAGAACACGCCUUGGGGAGCCGAGCGCCUCCCACUAAAAAGGAUUCAUCAAGCAAACCGCGGCUAGCGACUUCCAGUUGCCGGCUCCACUGGUUCGGUCGUCCCCAACCUUAUCGUAGCUUAUCGCGAUAAGGGGCCGGCCAUCGCGGGGCAAAAAAUAAUUGUUUGGCUCGCGUCGGCUGCACCCCGGUCGCCCUUCAAGCAGCAAGAUCGAACAGCCAAGAUGGGUGCGAUCGACGACGGCUUCGAGGCCUUGCUGGAGCCUUUUUAUAACGGCAAGAAGCUCACCGACCCGAUAUCUACCAAGGAAGACAAGUACCAGCUAUUGCCGGCGUUCCUCAAGGUCAAGGGCCUAGUCAAGCAGCACAUCGAUUCGUACAACUUCUUCGUCGAACACGAGAUCAAGGACAUUGUCAGGGCGAACCGCAUCAUCCGGAGUGACCAAGAAAAAGACUUCUGGCUCGAGUUCACCGACAUCCGCGUCGGCACACCUACCCGCAAUGACUACAGCGACUUUAAAGCUCGCGAUGAGGUCACCCCCAUGGAGUGCCGCCUCCGCGACAUGACGUACGCCGCUCCAGUCGUCGUCGACAUUGUAUACUCGCGCGACCGGAAAAAGAUUGUCCGGAAGGACAUUCCCCUCUGCCGCAUUCCCGUCAUGCUCAAGAGCGCAAAGUGCUGCCUGAGCGGCGCCACCAAUGCGCAGAUGGAGAUCAUGAACGAGUGCCCGCUAGACCCCGGCGGCUACUUCAUCAUCAACGGGACGGAGAAGGUCAUCCUCAUUCAGGAGCAGCUCAGCAAGAACCGCGUCAUUGUCGAAGCGGACGAGAAGACCGGCGGCGUGUCGGCCUCGGUCACGAGUUCGACCCACGAGCGCAAGUCCAAGACGUACGUCAUACUCAAGAAGGACCGCAUCGUCCUCAAUCACAACGUCCUCGUCGAGCCGAUCCCGAUCGUCAUCGUCCUCAAGGCCCUCGGUGGGCUUUCUGAUUACGAGAUCAUGGAACUGGUGGCGGGCGGAGAUGCGCGGUACCAGGACGACUUCCUCAUCAACUUCGACGAGGCCACCAAGGCCGGCGUGUUCACGCAGCAACAAGCGCUCGAGUACGUGGGUUCCAGGGUCAAGAUGGGCGGCCCCAAGAAAGGGCGGUCCAUGGCGGCACCCCGUCGAAGCCCGGUCGAGGAGGGAUUGGACGCGCUCGCAAACGUCGUGGUGGCCCACGUCGAGAUUCAGGACCUCGACUUCUACCCGAAAGCCAUCUACAUUGCCAUGAUGGUCCGGCGUGUCCUCAUGGCUUCGCACGACCCCAAGCUGGUCGAUGACCGCGACUUCGUCGGAAACAAGAGGUUGGAGUUGGCCGGACAGUUAUUGUCUCUGCUCUUUGAGGAUAUGUUCAAGAUGUUCGUCGGAAGCCUGAAGGGUAACAUGGAAUACUUCUUCAAGAAGCCCAACCGGACGUCCGCUUACGACCCCGUGGGUCCCAUUAGCAGUCAGGGGCAGUACAUCACUCAGGGCUUGAACCGAGCCAUCCAGAGCGGGAACUGGAACGUCAAGCGGUUCAACAUGAACCGGGCGGGAGUCACACACGUCCUCAGCAGGUUGAGCUACAUCGCGGCGCUGGGCAUGAUGACUCGCAUCAGCAGUCAGUUUGAGAAGACGAGGAAGGUGAGCGGCCCGAGAGCCCUCCAGCCGUCGCAGUGGGGUAUGCUCUGUCCGUCCGACACGCCAGAGGGUGAAGCUUGCGGUCUGGUGAAGAACCUGGCCCUCAUGACACACAUCACCACGAACGCGGAGGAGGAGCCGGUCAAGAACUGGAUCUUUAGCCUCAUCCCCGGCGUCGAGCCCAUCCGAAUGUUUACCGGAACCGAGAUGCACAGGCCGGGGUCCUACAUCAUCCACCUCAACGGUACCCCGUUCGCCCUCACCAGGCACCCGAAGCAGUUCGCAGCGCGGUUCAAGACGAUGCGUCGCCGCGGUCAUAUUUCCCCUUUUGUCGGCAUUCACAUCAACGAGCAUUUCUCGGCAAUCCAUAUCGCCACCGACGAAGGACGCAUUUGCAGGCCGUACAUCAUCGUAAAAGACGGGAAGCCGAGACUCAAGAAGGAGCACUUGAGACUCUUGCAGUUGGGCAAGGCGACAUUUGACGACUUUUUGAAGAAUAGCGUCAUAGAAUAUCUAGACGUCAACGAGGAAAACGAUGCCUUGAUCGCCAUCAGGGAGGAAGACGUCAACCAGUCGACAACCCACAUGGAGAUCGAGCCCUUUACGAUCCUCGGCGCGGUUGCCGGCCUCAUUCCGUUCCCUCACCACAACCAAUCUCCCCGUAAUACCUACCAGUGCGCCAUGGGUAAGCAAGCCAUUGGAGCCAUCGCGUACAACCAGUUCAACCGCAUCGACACCCUUCUCUACACUCUCGUCUAUCCUCAGCGGCCCAUGGUCAUCACCAAGACGAUCCAGCUCAUCCACUACGACAAGCUCCCGGCCGGACAGAACGCGACGGUUGUGGUCAUGUCGUACUCGGGCUACGAUAUCGAAGACGCCCUCGUCUUGAACAAGGCCUCGUGCGACAGGGGCUUUGGGCGGUGCCAAGUAUUCCGCAAGUACACGGCCGAGCUGCAACAGUACCCCAACGGGCGGAAAGACAGACUGGGCGGCAUCCAGAAGGACGAGGAGGGCCGUACGAUCGCCAAGCACGCCUGCUUAGACAAGGACGGCCUCGCCGUCGUGGGCUACCGGGUGCACUCCGGAGAGACUAUGAUCAUGAAGGAGACGCCAAUCGACCAGACGUCGACGGGCAUCGGCAGCGACCGCGGGUCCGACGAAUUCCGCCCGGCCCCGAUCAACUACCGCAUUCCCGACCCGGCCUACAUCGACAAGGUGAUGGUCUCCAACACGGAGAAGAACACGGCGAUCAUCAAGGUGCAGACGCGCCAGACCCGCCGGCCAGAGCUCGGCGACAAGUUCUCUUCCCGCCACGGCCAGAAAGGUGUCGUCGGCAUCAUUGUCGACCAGGAAGACAUGCCCUUCUCCGACUCGGGUCUCGUCCCGGACAUCAUCAUGAACCCGCACGGUUUCCCGUCCCGCAUGACGGUCGGCAAGCUCUUCGAAUGCCUGACGGGCAAGGCCUCGGUCGUGGCGGGCAGGCGGGACUACGGCUUCGGCGACGCUUUCCGCUCGCACCCGGUCGAGGAGAUGGGCAGGGUCCUGAUCGAGCACGGCUUCUCGUGGGAGGGCAAGGACUACUUCACGUCCGGCAUCACGGGCGAGCCGCACGAGGCGUACCUGUUCAACGGGCCCAUCUACUACCAGCGCCUGAAGCACAUGGUGCAGGACAAGAUGCACUCGCGCUCCCGCGGGCCCCGGGCCAUCCUCACGCGGCAGCCGACCGAGGGUCGCUCGCGCGACGGCGGCCUCCGGCUGGGCGAGAUGGAGCGCGACUGCCUGAUCGCCUACGGAGCCUCGCAGCUGCUGCUCGAGCGCCUGAUGAUCAGCUCGGACGGGACCCAGGUCGACAUCUGCGAGCGCUGCGGCCUGCUGGGCUACAAGGGCUUCUGCCAGACCUGCGGCAGCACCAGCCAGGUGACGCAGAUGACGAUGCCCUACGCCGCCAAGCUGCUGGUGCAGGAGCUGAUCAGCAUGAACGUCGGCGUGCGCAUGCAGCUGGAGGACAAGUUUCCCCAUCCGAGGUAGCCGGCCUCCAACCCCCAAGGUAGAGCGGGGUUGUGUGUGUGUGUGUUUGCACGCAUUGAAUCGGCGUUGUUUUCUUUCGGGUUGUUGGAGGUGUGGUGACGGAGGAGGUUGGUUUAACGUGUUUGCAACUGGUGUAGUAUGU